AGCAGCACUACAACUGUGGUCCCUGUAUCUUCUGCCACAUUGUCAACUGCGUCCACAUCAACCGUGGUGACUCCCACGUUUUCCCAGUCACGUCCCCUUCCAACUACUGGAUGUAAGUGGAAACUGUUGUGUUCCUCUAGUCUAUCAUAUAAACUGAUAAAACUACAAAAAAACAAUGAAAAAACAAAUAUGUUUCUUUUUAAGGCUACAAUUUAACCAAGGGUCUUGUACUACACAUUUUACUCAAAUCUUAGCCCAGAUGUAACUACAGUAGAUGCCUUUUACCUGUUAGAACUUUCACUCAUAUACACUGUAGGCCCGUCAGCAAGCCCUGGAAUUUCAACUAUCAUGGAUAACAGUUUUUGUUUCUCUGCCCUGGGAUAUAGAUCAGUUUUACAAAUUUGGGAAAAUUUGGAACCCAACUCAUAAUGUUUUCGAGUAAUGCACAACUGUAUUUUUUUCUUGGCACUCAUGGAAGCCCUAAACCUGACAUGCAAUGCACUUUAGGAGAGACUGAAGGUAGCAGAUAAUAGAAAACUGAUAUACAUGUACUAAUCACUUUCUAAGUAUAAGCCAAGUCAUAUAACUAUGGAAUUAUUGCAACCAUAAUAUUUCAGGAAUUUGGGUGGGAAAACAACAAAGGCUGAAACUGUACCAAAAACUACCUUUACUGUACUGAAAACGAUUAUUUCCGUAAAAUUUAGGGAUUUCCUAGAAUUCUUAAAUCUAAAGCAUCCAAUUAUUGUGGGAGACAAAUAAGUCUUUUGUAUUCAGGGUGGCCCCCUGACAACCCCAACAAAAUCGUAACAUAUCAAAAUCCCAUUAAUACCUCCAAAUUUAAAGCCCUGGACAAAAAAAGAGGCAACAACUUUGUUAUUUUUCCAGUCGCAACAAGGAGGUACCUGGCAAGGAUGGCAACAUCAGCAUCCACAUCAACAUCCACGUCCAUGUCUACAUCCACAUCAACACCCACAUUACAGGAAAGAGGUGAUGGUAAGAACUACAUGUACAGGUAGCAUGAUAUGACGUGUACAACAUACACCCUUGAUUUUGUUGUCAACUUUUGAAGUACCUGGUGGGCAUGUUGACAUAUUGGCAAAUUACCCUAAAACUGAGGGAAUUCAAACAAAUAAUAAUAAUUAUAAAACAACAUACAGCUGUACACACUAGAACCCUAGUAAUUUGAACUCGGGAGGGAAAGGUGAACCAGUUUGAGUUAGCGAGGGUUUUGAGAAUUAUCGGAGGUGACUGCAAAACCAAUUUUCAAUUUUUAAAAGUUGAUAUUUUUAGUUGAUGCUUUAGUUGAUAUUUCAUCAGAAACGCUAACAUGAUCAGACAUUUUUUAAAUGAUAAUUGUGAUUUGUUUGUUUUAAUACUGCUAAAAUCAAAUUCCUACAUGGUGUAGACCUGAUAAGUGCAUGCAAGUUUUAGUUUUUUCUUCCCUUAUACAACAAGAAGAGGUGAUCAAAGGAGAGGACAUUUAGUUCAAGUUAGUGGAGAAUUUGAGUUAUCCAAGUUUGAUUUAAUCAAGCAAAAAUGAAUGAACUUGGGGUGAACUCCAGAAAUUGGCCUUGCUUUAAGUUUGCUUGGAGUUGGAGUUAUUCCACAUUCAAUUACAGGGGUUCUACUGUAACCAAUACACUCAUAUAGAUGUCAGAAAUCUACCUUUUUUCUACAUUGUAGUUUCCUCUGGCCUACCAAGUGAAGAUGCCUUGGAUGGUGAGUCAACAGGUCCACUAUUAUGAUACAAUGCAGUGCCGUGGCCAGACCAAACGGCCAACUGAGGCAGGCGGGAGUUGCUAGGGGCGUUCGGGGGCAUGCCCCCCCCCCCGAGAAAUUUUGAACUUUAGUCUCUUGGAAAUGCGAUUUGAAGCGUUUUCUGCGUUUUCAGUAUUAAUACGGCGAAAAUUUUGGUUAUAUAUAUAUAUUUUUUAACUGUUAUAUUUUGGCCACGAAAUCUUUUCUGAGAGGCUCCGAUGAUCGCUUAUGUAAAAUAAAAAUGAUCGGCGAAAUUCGUCAAAAUUUUACCGAGGCGAGUGCCUCGGUUGGCCUCAUACUAGCUACGGUGCUGCAAUGUACAACAACCAUUAUCAAUCUGCGAGUUAAAAAAUAAUGUCCAUCAUUGACAAACAGGGUGUUAUUAUUAUUUUUCACCUUUAAGAGAUGUACUACAAACAUAAAUUUAUUUGCUCAAAAAAUACAGGCACCUGCCAUUGUAUUGUGUACCUGCCAACUUUUUCUGAGAUAUAAGCGUGAGAUUUUUAUCCUGGGAGUGCUGGGAUUUUUGGAGACGACACGAUCAUUUCCGAAGAUUCCCGAAGAAGUCCGAAGUCUUCCAAAGACGUCCGAAGUCUGCCGAAGGCGAAGUUAUCGAGAAAACGCUUAUCCACAAAAUCAGAGAUCGUGAGGAACGUAUUGUCAUUUAUUCAUUUUACACAUGGUUUUCAUUCCUUACAUGGGUCUGAGUUAACAUAUUUUUGGAAAUUGUGUCAAGCAAGACGGUAACAACUCACAUUUUUCAAUCAGGCGUGAGAAAUUGGCCCGCAAGCGUGAGCCGGCGUGAGAUCGCAGUUUUCAACCUGCAGGCGUGAGACUCACGGCUAAGGCGUGAGAGUUGGCAGGUAUAGUAUUGUACAGUCUCAUUGUAUUUUUGAUGAUCUAUCUUACUAUGGUGUGUAUGUUAUAUGUCAGAUUUGAUUGUAGGUUGUUUUCCAUUUAACCAGGUUGAUUCUCAGUUGAGUGCCAACCUCUGUUUAAAAAAAAUACACCUGAAAUCAAAUUUGAACUGUAACAUGUACAUGUAAAAACUUUAGUAAACUGCCAUAACAAGUGACAAACAUGUGUUAAUAAAGCGAAUAAAGAAAGAAAUUUUUGGUAGCAAAAAAGAGUGCUAGAAAAAUGACCACGAUGCAUUAACAUUAACAUAUAUAUGUAAAACUGUUGUCACCAUGGUGAUGAGAUGAUUUCAUUACUAGUUGACAAUUACAUCAAAAUAUGGUAAUAUACAUGUAUGCUAUAAGUUAAAUGACUUUAACUUAACUUCAACAGAAUCAGAUUUUUUAAGAAGUCCUUUUGACGAAGUGAUUGAGGUGGCCCCUCCACAAGGUAAAUUGUUUUUUAUCAAUCUCAGCUAA